GCAAGUUCUGCCAGCCAUGCGAACCGGAAUAGCGGUCGAGGGUUCCGAGAAUCGAGCCUCUCCUCUCUAGAUCAAGCACAGCUAUAGUCAGAUGGUAGUUGUGCAGGUUGCAAUGCCAUGCAGGGCCACCGGGCCGAUGCAGCGCAACUUGAAUGCGAAAUAUGGCCCUCAUGGGUCAUGAUUUGGCAUGCCACUCGUGAAGCAUGGUCUAGCUACCGGUAUAUUUACCACCAGAAGUUUUUGUAUCAAGACCUCCUGGUUCAAACAGGACGGCCAGUUCUUUUUGAAUACGUCUGAAAAAUUGUGCAGAACUUGAUUGCAAGGCUCGCUCUUCUUGAAGAUGAACUCUUUGUUGGCAGCUUAUUCGAACUCUGAUUCAGAUUCUGAGGUGGAUCCUGCGCAGAGGGAUUCGGAGGCGCGAUCAACAGGAGAGGCAGGAGGAGCAGAAGCAGUAACGUCAGAUGGUCCCGCAGCAAGCCGCUCAUCAUCUCCCUUUGGAGUUGUGAUUGCGGACCAACAGGUACAGAGUGAUGUGCCGUCAACAGAAAGGCAGGCCCAAGUACAAAGUUUACCUGCCGCAGAAGCACUUUUUGUAAUCUCAAGUAGGCAAGAGACGCAGAGCAGAACGCGCUUGCCUGCCCCUUUUGCCAGCAGUCUAGUAAGAGACUUAGGAAAUGCUGGAACUAUUGCUGCCUUUGAAAGCUCCAAACGAUCAGGAAAUGCGCUGGACAAUGGAGGAUUUCAAAGACAAGCAAAAACACCGAAGUUAGGAGGUCUCCCAGCUUCUCGGGCAAGCGUCUCAUCAACUCUUCUUCCACCUCAACUCCGUGGAAGGAGCAACGUGGCUACUGAAGAUUUGGAAAAGAUUUUCGUGAAGCGAGAGAAAAAGUAAUCAAACUCACUUUGGUUCUCAUGUUAAGACUGAUUGGAUGCACUGGCGAUCUGUACGCGGACACCAAGAGCUCGUGCAGAACCCAAGCUAAUGGAAAAGAUCUUAAAGCCGAAGUGCAUCAUGGCUACGGCGUGUGGAAAGAGACCAUCAUGAUUGCAGUGUACAACCAGUGUGUGCAAUAUGGUGUCAGCAUCAGAUAAUGUCAAGAGUUCCUCAAACUUCGAUUUAUACAAGGGCAAUCUUGAUACUAGGAUAGGCCCGUACAGAUCACUUGAGUCAGCCAUGUGUCAAGUAACAUGCGCAC